AUGGCGUCGUUGCGGGGCUCCUACAACGACCCAACCUCCAACUCUGGCUGGACGUUUGUCCCCGCACCAGGCUCUCCAGAGUCAAAUCUCAAUGCCACCACACUAGACGUACCAGCAGUAUCAGGUUCCGCGUACCAAUGGUCCACUCGGCCGUCACAUAACUCCAUUUUCGAUCUUUCACCUUCGCUCUCGCCGUCUUCGGAUGACUUUGUCGCCAUCGACGCUACGCUGGUGUUCCGAUCACUCGUAGCGUCUGCGCUGCUGCAGUAUGCGAGCUCGGCGAUGGCCAUGCCAUGGGAGGUUGGGAAGAUGUUGCUGCAGGUUCAGUGGGUUCCGCGGAACGUAGACGAGCCUGAGGAAGAAGUAGACCCAGCGGUGGAGGACGAUGACAAUUUCAGCGACUCUUCGCACGACGAUGAGGCAUAUUUUGCGGACCCGUCCCAUCCGUCGUCCCGUCGUGCACCUCCGCGUCCAGCAGACGAACAGGGGUACAUCAUCCGGCAUUCGAUCCUCGAGGAAGCGACGCGGCCAGAAUACAUCAUACCCGUUGGCAGCGCCAAUGGCGUCUGGGAAAUGAUCAAAUGUCUCGGGAGAUUCAGAGCAGAAGGGUGGUUCGCUCUCUGGAAGGGACUGUUGACAUCGUGUAUCUCGGAUGUUAUCUCGACAACGAUGCAGCCCGUUAUCCACAAUGUCCUGCUCUCAGUGUUUCAUUCUUCACUGAGGUCUUCCUCCUUCGAUCAACCACCUCUCCUCCUCCCGCUUGCCUCGCAUGUCAUCACCGGAUUCAUCCUUUCCCCUCUCGACUUGAUACGCACGCGUCUGAUCGUGCAGUCGUUCCUGCCACGAUACAGGUCAUACUCUGGUCCCCUUGAUGCACUUUCGCAAAUUCUACGCGACGAAGGUGGUUUGUCAGGUAUCUACCUCCACCCGCACCUCCUCAUCCCCGCCCUCCUCGACAACACCCUGCGUCCGCUCGUCUCUACCAUCUUGCCUCAACUCAUUCUCUCUUCGACCACCUCACGCCUUAUCUCCCCCUCAUCCAACCCGAUAGCCUUCAACGCCCUCGAAAUGGCCGCAGGCUGCGCGGGCCUCCUUAUCACCCUCCCUUUCGAAACGGUAAGACGCAGACUGCAAGUACAGUCAAGGGGAAACGCAAACCCUAUCAAAGGAUGUGUGGAGCUGAGGCCCGUGCCGUACAACGGGGUCGUCGACACGUUUUGGCAUAUUCUGACUGAGGAGCGGUCGGAUUUGCCUGUUCGGCGCACGAGCAGGCGCAGAGAAGGGAAAGGGAAGGCUCGAGCGGAGUCAGGUCCCUCGGCCACCGACAAGGAUGGUGAAAUCAACGCCAACCAAGAGGAUGAGGGUGGGUGGCUGAGGCACACUGGUAUCGGUCAGUUGUAUCGUGGCUUCGGGAUGAGGUUGGGUGCGAGUGCGAUUGUCUUCGUGUUAGCAUUCUUCACCGGUGGCGAGGAUGUGGACGGUGGUUGGGCUGAACUUUAA